CACCUCGACACGCUCCCUCCCUCCAUCCCACCCGACCACCCCCGACCAUCGCGUUUUGCAUCGCGAUAUCACGAAUCCGACCUAGAGAUAUCGCCAAGCACGAUCGUCUCCAUCUCCUCUUCGCCCCUUUUCCGAGCUUUCGCAAAGUCGGUGGAUCUAGGUCGCAGGCGCCCUCGUGGCAAGGGCUGCCAGAGGCCUCAGCCGGCCAGCUCGCUUCGCUCCCACCCUCCAACCAUCCCUCUCAUCACCACCCUAUCGCUGUUGAGAAAGAUUGCAAGGACCACUUCUCACAUCGGCGACCUCGUCACCUCACAUCUACGCGCGACCGCGUCUCGAAUCCUCCCACCGACCCGACUGACGCAACGUACCGCUUUUCCCCAAAUAACAUCUCACCGCGAUAAUCCGUCAUCAUGUCGAACGUGUACUUUCCCUAUUCCAAGGCGCCCUUGCGCACGAUCAAGGAGAUUCAGUUUGGUCUCUUCUCGCCGGAGGAGAUCAAGCGGAUGAGCGUGGUUCAUGUCGAAUACCCGGAGACGAUGGAUGAACAACGGCAACGUCCGCGCACAAAGGGCUUGAACGACCCCCGUCUCGGAACGAUCGACCGGCAAUGGAAUUGUGAGACCUGCGAGGAAGGCCAAAAGGAAUGCCCCGGUCACUUCGGACAUAUCGAGCUGGCCACUCCCGUUUAUCACAUUGGUUUCUUGCGUCAAAUCAAGAAGCUCCUUGAGACGGUCUGCCACAACUGUGGCAAGAUCAAGGCCAAUACGUCCGAUCCUAAAUUCCUAGAAGUCCUGCGCAUGCGGGACCCGAAGAGACGAUUCGAUGCCAUCUGGCGUCUUUCCAAAGAUGUGAUGAUCUGUGAGGCCGACCCUCCCCCGGAUGAUGAGGAUCCUUUCUUGAAAGAGAGCUCCAAGCCUUCGCGGAUGCAUGGUGGAUGCGGUAACGCGCAGCCCACCAUUCGUAAGGAGGGUAUCACGCUCGUCGGCACUUGGAAGCCCAACAAGAUGAUGGAUGAGAUGGAUAUGCAACAGCCCGAGAAGAAGACCAUCACCCCUCAGAUGGCGCUGAAUAUCUUCCGCAGCAUCUCCCACGAAGACGUCCGUAUUAUGGGCCUGAGUAAUGAUUAUGCUCGUCCGGAGUGGAUGGUGAUCACAGUCCUCCCAGUUCCUCCCCCUCCGGUUCGUCCCAGUGUACUUGUUGGUGGCAGCAGUGGUGGCCAGCGUGGUGAGGAUGAUUUGACUUACAAGCUUGCUGAAAUCGUUCGAGCAAAUCAAAACGUUCAACGCUGUGAGCAGGAAGGUGCUCCUGAGCACGUUGUGCGCGAGUUCGAAUCUCUUCUGCAGUACCAUGUCGCAACCUACAUGGACAACGACAUUGCUGGUCAGCCGAAGGCCAUGCAGAAGUCUAACCGUCCAGUCAAGGCUAUUCGCAGCCGUCUGAAGGGUAAAGAAGGUCGCCUGAGACAGAACUUGAUGGGGAAACGUGUCGAUUUCUCGGCCCGUACUGUCAUCACUGGUGACCCGAACCUGUCUCUCGAGGAAGUCGGUGUUCCGAAGAGUAUUGCCAAGACGUUGACAUACCCUGAGGUCGUCACUCCCUACAACAUCGAGAAGCUGCAACAGCUCGUACAGAACGGUCCGAACGAGCAUCCUGGAGCAAGGUACAUCGUCAGAGACAAUGGCGAGCGUAUGGAUCUCCGCCAUGCUAAGAGAGCAGGUUCUCAGCAGCUCUACUAUGGAUGGAAGGUGGAGCGCCAUCUCAUGGAUGGUGAUGUAAUUCUUUUCAACCGUCAGCCUUCCCUGCACAAGGAAUCCAUGAUGGGCCAUCGCGUGCGUGUUAUGCCGUACUCGACCUUCCGCAUGAAUCUGUCUGUGACCUCUCCUUACAACGCCGAUUUCGACGGUGAUGAAAUGAAUUUGCACGUACCCCAGUCGGAGGAAUCCCGCGCUGAGCUCAGUCAGCUCGCACUCGUGCCGAUGAAUAUCGUCUCUCCUCAGCGAAACGGUCCGCUCAUGGGUAUCGUGCAGGAUACUUUGUGUGGUAUUUACAAGAUUUGUCGACGUGAUGUCUUCUUAACCAAAGACCAAGUCAUGAAUCUAAUGAUGUGGGUGCCCGACUGGGAUGGUGUCAUUCCGCCCCCGGCUAUCCUGAAGCCCAGACCCAGAUGGACUGGAAAGCAGAUGAUCAGCAUGGCUCUGCCUCCUGGUCUCAACCUCCUACGUGUUGACAAGGAUAGCUCGCCAUUGUCGGAGAAGUUCUCUCCCCUGGCUGAUGGUGGUCUCCUCAUCCACGGAGGACAGUUGAUGUAUGGUAUGUUCUCCAAGAAGACGGUCGGUGCCAGCGGUGGAGGCGUCAUCCAUACCAUUUUCAACGAGUACGGCCCUUGGGCUGCUGUGGGUUUCUUCAACGGCGCCCAAAGAAUUGUUAACUACUGGCUACUCCAUAACGGGUUCAGUAUUGGUAUCGGUGAUACCAUCCCUGACGAGCUCACCAUUCAGCGAAUCGAGAACUGUGUGAAGAUCCGCAAGAAGGAGGUCGAGGAAAUCACUGCCAGUGCUACUGACAACACACUCGAGCCUCUGCCUGGUAUGAACGUCCGUGAGACUUUCGAGAGCAAGGUCUCGCGUGCUUUGAACAAUGCUCGUGAUGAGGCUGGUAGCGAGACAGAGAAGAGUUUGAAGGAUUUGAACAACGCCAUCCAGAUGGCACGUUCUGGUUCCAAGGGAUCAACCAUUAACAUUUCCCAGAUGACGGCUGUUGUGGGACAACAGUCGGUCGAGGGAAAGCGUAUUCCCUUCGGUUUCAAGUAUCGAACGUUGCCGCACUUCACGAAGGAUGACUACUCGCCCGAAUCUCGUGGUUUCGUCGAAAACUCCUACCUACGUGGAUUGACUCCGACCGAGUUUUUCUUCCACGCUAUGGCUGGUCGUGAGGGUCUGAUUGAUACCGCCGUGAAGACUGCUGAAACUGGUUACAUUCAGCGUAAGCUGGUCAAGGCUCUCGAAGAAGUCAUGGUCAAAUACGAUGGCACUGUUCGCAACUCAUUGGGUGAUAUUGUUCAGUUUAUUUACGGAGAGGAUGGUUUGGAUGGUGCUCACAUUGAGAACCAACGUGUCGAUGUCAUCAGGUGCUCCGAUGACAAGUUCCGCGACCGUUUCCGUGUGGAUCUCAUGGAUCCUGAGCGGAGUCUAGGACCGGAAAUCUUGGAACAAGCCAAUGAGAUUGCUGGUGAUGUUGAAGUCCAGAGACACCUGGAUGAGGAAUGGGAGCAGCUUCUCAAGGAUCGUGCAUUCCUGCGUACUGUGGCCAAGGAAGACGAUGAGAUGAUGCAACUUCCGAUCAACGUGCUGCGUAUUCUUGAGACGGCUAGAGCCACCUUCAAGAUUCGCGAUGGAGCUAUCAGUGAUCUACACCCUUCGGAAGUUAUUCCUCAGGUUCGUGCUCUUCUGGAUCGACUGCUGGUCGUACGCGGUGACGAUGUUAUCUCGCGCGAGGCCCAAGAGAGCGCGACGAUGCUCUUCAAGGCUCAGCUCCGCAGUCGUCUCGCAUUCAAGAGACUGGUUACCGAGUACUCCUUGAACAAACUCGCAUUCCAGCAUGUCAUUGGAGCCAUUGAGAUGAGAUUCGCCAAGGCUGCUGCCAACCCCGGAGAGAUGGUCGGUGUGCUUGCUGCCCAGUCUAUUGGUGAGCCUGCUACGCAGAUGACUUUGAACACUUUCCACUUUGCUGGUGUUUCGUCCAAGAACGUUACCCUUGGUGUCCCACGUCUGAAGGAAAUUUUGAACGUCGCCAAGAACAUUAAGACUCCUUCCAUGACGGUCUACCAGGAGGCUGAAAACUCCUACAAUAAGGAGAGUGCCAAGCAGCUUCGUAGCGCUGUGGAACACACCAGCUUGCGAUCCGUCACUGAGGCCACUGAGAUCUACUAUGAUCCCGACAUUCAAACUACUGUCAUUGAGAACGAUAGGGAUAUGGUGGAGUCUUACUUCAUCAUUCCCGAGGAUGUCACAGAUGACUCGUCUCGCCAGUCCAAGUGGUUGUUGCGUAUCAUUCUCAGUCGGCCCAAGCUCCUGGAUAAGGGUCUUACUGUGCAGGAUGUUGCUUCCAAGAUCAAGGCCGCAUAUCCCAAGGAUAUCGCUGUCCUGUUCAGUGACAACAACGCUGAUGAGCAGGUCAUUCGUAUCCGUCAGAUCCAGGAUUACAAGGAAGACGAGGAAGAUGACGAUAUCGAGUAUGAUGUCACGCUCAAGAAGCUUGAGCAGCAUCUUCUGGACACCUUGACCCUCCGUGGUGUUCCUGGAGUUGAGCGAGCGUUUAUCAACGAGAAGAGCAAGGUCCGAGUCCUGGAAGACGGCUCGCUAUUUGCUAGCAAGUCCGAUCCGCUCUGCAAGGAAUGGGUUCUCGAAACCAGCGGUUCCUCGCUUGGUGAUGUUUUGGCUAUUCCUGGUGUCGACGCCUCUCGCACAUAUUCCAAUCAGUUCGUUGAGGUGUUUGAGGUCUUUGGUAUCGAGGCCGCUCGUACUGCAGUGCUCCGUGAGCUGACCCAGGUGUUGGCGUUCGAUGGUUCUUAUGUCAAUCACCGUCACUUGGCGCUGCUGGUCGACGUUAUGACUGUUCGUGGUUACCUGACGCCGGUUACCCGUCACGGUAUCAACCGCGCUGACAACGGUGCGUUGAUGCGUUGCUCGUUCGAAGAGACCGUGGAGAUUUUGUUGGAGGCUGCCUCUUUCGGCGAGCUUGACGACUGCCGUGGUGUGUCAGAGAACUUGAUUCUGGGGCAAAUGGCACCUGCUGGUACCGGAGAAUUUGACAUCUAUCUUGACCAAAGCCUCUUGAACACCGUGGUCUCGGACAAUGCCCGCCAUGGUAUGAUGGGACCUGUUGGUGUCAAGGAUGCGAUCUACGCGGAUGGCGCUGCCACGCAGUAUGACACUGGCUCGCCUAUGCAGGCAAGCGCCUACAUUGGCUCGCCUGAUCCCGAGUCGAACUUCUCCCCGAUCCGUCAGGCGGGCGCUGAGACGCCGGGUGGUUUCACCGAAUACCAGCCCAGUGGCGGCUUUGGAGGCGGCUUCAGCCCGGCGGCCACGAGCCCCGCAGGCUAUUCUCCCAGCAGCCCGUUCAGUGCGAACCCGACUUCCCCUGGGUACUCUCCUACGUCAAGCUAUUCGCCUACCUCUCCUGGUAUGGCCAUGACCAGUCCUCGCUUCAUGACCUCGCCUGGAUUCUCCCCAGCCAGUCCCUCGUUCGCGCCGACUUCCCCGGCCUACUCUCCCACGUCGCCGGCGUACGGACAGGCUUCUCCUACCUCGCCUUCUUACUCGCCCACGUCGCCUGGUUUCUCGCCCACGUCGCCGAACUACAGUCCUACGUCUCCGAGCUUCAGCCCGGCGUCGCCGGCGUUCAGCCCGACCUCGCCAAGCUACAGCCCGACCAGUCCUGCUGUUGGUGGAGCCCGACACCUGUCCCCCACCUCUCCCACCUCUCCCAAGUACACUCCGACAUCGCCUGGAUGGUCUCCCACGAGCCCUCAGACUUACUCUCCAACGUCUCCUAACUUUGCCGGCUCGCCGACGUCGCCUGGGGGGCCUACAUCCCCAGGCUACAGCCCGACGUCGCCGGCUUUCAGCCCUACGUAAGUUUUCUAUUAUGUGGUUUGGCGUGCAUCCACACGAAGAAACUCAUGUGUGAUAUUCUAGGUCUCCACGCCAGUAAAGGCCCAGCUUUUGUGACGUGCCCCCCUUACGACUUUCGCUGUAUCAUUGUAUUAUCACCUCAUCCUGACAACUUGGAAAAAGGAGAAAAGGAGAAAAGAACCGAAAAACAACUUGCAUUGUAUGUUGCGGAAUUGGUUGGUUAUCUCAUGCCGAAAUCUGGGCGUUUGCAGCCUGCUUUCUCUGUCCCAUUCCAUUUUCGAAUGUAUGUUCUUUUUUUUUACUUGUCUUGCACGAGCCUGCAGGUUUUAUUACCCUUAUUCAAUACUAGUUUCCUUCUUCCAAGCCAGUGUACUGAAAUUGUGAAUGGGUUUUGAGGGGGUCUGGCUUCAUGCUCUUAUUCAC